GACGCGACCUCGUGGUAGUAUAAAAGCGUAGUAUACAUCAAGCACUGGAAUCAGUGUUAAGAAAGCAACGUCUCGAACAACUCUGGUAAUAAACACAUUUCAAAAUGUCCAAGUUUAUACUUCUCCUUUGCGUUGUGCUGUUGGCUACAACUAUUAUCCAUGCUGCUCCCGAAUCUUGCGGCCGUCACGGUGACUCUUGCGUCAGUAGCACGCAGUGCUGCAAAGGAAUGAGGUGUCACACCUACGCUGGUAGAUGCCAAGUGAUAAUCACCGAGGAGGACCUGAUGCGUCAACGAGAAAAGAUCUUGGGUAGAAAAGGAAAAGAUUAUUAAUCGGUCAACGAACUCAGAACCUCUUCAAGUGGACAAACCGUUAAGAUUGAUAAUACAGGAAGAAGCCACGUUAUCACGUUGUGAAACUAAUAUCUAUAAAUCCAGAAAAGUGUGACUCAUCAGUUGUAAAUAUGGAACAAUGGAACAAUAAAGAGAACAAAAUCGGAAGUGAAUAA